AUGGCUUCUUUCAAGUAUCUGAUGUUCGUCGCCUUGGUGGCCCUCAGCGUGUACUCCGCAGUCGCCGAAGAGCAAGUCGGCGCUGAAGCCGCCAGAGUGAAGAAACAAGCUUUCAUCGCUGCCCCAGCUUUGGCCUACUCCUCUGCAGCCUACCCGUACGCGUACUCGGCUUACCCAUCGGCUUACCCGUCGGCUUACCCGUACUCGUACUCGUACCCGGCCGCAUACCCGACCGCUUACGCCUCUUACCCGAGCUACGCUUACGCCAACGACGACGGCAAGUACUGGCCAGGCAAAUACGAGGCAAAGGCCUACUACCCAGCUUACAAGUCCGCCUACCCAGCCGUCUACCACUACUGA